CAAAUAUUUUUUUUGACAAUUUUGACAAGAGAAAUGUCUGAUUAACUACGAACAUAUCGACGUUUUUUCAAUAUCUACGUUGAUAGUAAAGGAAUUUUAAACAUACACUCAUACAGCGCAUUACACGUCAAGAUGUUGGACGAGAAACUGUUACAAGAAAGACUGGCACAGUUCAACCCCGAACCGUUGGUUGAAAUUAACGAAACCAAGACCAAAGAGGAUAUCGAAAGUUAUGUGAACAAAGAUGACGAGAAUAACAUCGACUUGGCCAAAACUAAUUUUUUGGACGUUUUAAACAGCGAGGACAUCAAGAAAUCCUGUGAGAGUAUUAUAAGAAAGUACGGCGUAGGCACUUGCGGCCCCAGAGCUUUUUACGGUACAACCGAUGUUCAUUUGGAGCUAGAAGAACGUAUUGCCGAGUUUAUGUGUAUGGAAGAAGCCAUCGUGUACUCGUACGGAUUCGUGGCUAUAUCGAGCUCCAUCGCGGCCUACUGCAAGAGAAAAGACAUAGUUUUCGUGGACAAAGAGGCGAAUUUUCCAAUCCAACAGGGCCUGACCGCGGCUCGAUCCAACGUGGUGUAUUUCGACCACAACGAUCCCGACAGUUUCCGAAAGGAGGCCCAAAAAGUCGCCGAGAAGGAAAAAAAUAAGAAACCUGCGAGGAAAUUCUUGAUCGUCGAAGGUGUGUCUUGGAAGACCGGCAAAGUCCUACCCUUGGAGGAAUUUCUAAGAGUAGCAGAGGAAUUUAAGAUGAGGGUUUUCCUGGAAGAAACGUACUCCGUUGGCAUAUUCGGCGACCACGGCAGAGGCCUCACUGAACACUUCGAUAUCGACCCCACCCGCAUAGACAUGAUCAUUGCCACUUUAGAAUCGGCAAUAGGCUCCAUCGGGGGAUUCUGUGCCGGAUCGCAAACGGCCAUCGAGCACCAGAGACUCUCCGGUUCCGGUUAUAUUUUCUCCGCGUCGUUGCCCACUUAUCUUGUCCAAGCCUGUUUGGAAUCCUUAAAGGUUAUGGGGGAGAAGCCGAAACAGCUGAGAGCUCUGGCGGAAGAAUUCCACGAUUUUCUAAAAGAAACCUGCAAGUUUAAAGUUAUAAGCGAUUCGCAGUCAGCAUUCAAGGUGUUCACAGUCACAGAUGAAGAUCGCAGGGUGGAGACGGAGACGAAGAUUUGGGAGUUCUGUAAGGAGAACAAGGUGCAUUUUCUCAGGAACGACGUUGGGUUGGUUGUGAAUCUGAACGUGGCAUUGCGUGACGAUAAGCAGAGGCUAGAGAAGGUGUACGAUGUAUUGAAGAGAGCUGCUACCUUGUAAUUGUAGUUUAUCGCACUCUUUUUAUAUUUAUUGAAAAAAAGUACAAUGUUAUUUCAUAAAAAUUCCAUAUUAUACCGAUUUUAGGUGUCUACGUUAUAUAUAAUAGAUUUUGUUGUUAAUAAAUUAGUUUUUUUUAAA